AUGGAAAUCACCUGGGACGUCCCUGUCCCCAUGCGCGAUGGCGUCAAGAUAUAUGCCGACAUCUUCCGGCCGGAGGGCGUAAAGGGCAAGCUUCCCGUCAUCCUCACCAUGAGUCCCUACGGCAAGCAUGGACCCAAGACUUUUGCCAUCUUUCCCGGGGCUGGAGUCCCCGACGGCUGGGUCUCCAAGUAUGCAGUCUGGGAGGGAGUGGACCCCAUCACUUGGACCAAAAAGGGCUACAUCGUCGUCAAUGGCGACAGCCGUGGAUCUUGGGGUUCCGAGGGCAAUCUCGAGGUCUUUAGCAAGCAGGAAAGCCAGGACGGCCACGAUCUGAUUGAAUGGCUGGGCACGCAGUCUUGGUCCAAUGGCAAAGUUGGCAUGGUGGGAGUUUCGUACCUCGCCAUCAUUCAAUGGGGCAUCGCUGCAACCAAGCCCCCACAUCUGGCCUGUUUCAUGCCCUGGGAAGGCUUUACAGACCUCUAUCGGGACUAUAGUCACCACGGAGGUAUCCCCGAGACCAAGUUUAUGCAUUUUACCAUGUGGUCCUGUCGCUGUGGUCCCAACUUGGUUGAGGACUGGAUCAAGAAUCACGAAGAACAUCCGCUCUACGACGACUACCACCGUUCCAAGGACAAGUUUGAGACUCUUGCCAAUAUCACAGCCCCUGUUUAUGCCGUCAUUGACUGGGGUGACCACGGCAUGCACACCCGUGGAUGCCUCAACGGCUGGACAGGCGUCAGCUCCAAGGACAAGUGGCUUGAGAUUCAUGGCCGUAAGAAGUGGCGUUACUUUUUCGAGGAGGAGAGUGUUGUUCGCCAAGAAGCCUUCUUCAAAAAGUAUCUGAAGGGAGAGCAGAGCGAGAUCGACAGCUUUCCCAGGGUGAGGAUGGAAGUACGCGAUCGGGCAUGGCAAGGAACGUUCCGAGCCGAGAACGAGUGGCCUCUGGCUCGCACCAACUACACCAAGUACUACCUUGACACGGAGUCUAUGCAGUUUGGGCCAGAUUCACCUCAUAAGACAUCUGUCGUGUCUUACGAGUCUGCGGAACAGGAUAACUGCGCACACUUUACGUACAAAUUCACCAAGGACACGGAACUUACCGGGGGCAUGCGAUUGAGGCUCUGGGUUUCGGCCGAGAAGGGAGACGACAUGGAUUUGUUUGUACAGCUGGACAAGAUUGGUGCUGACGGCAAGGUUGCACCAUUUGUGGCUUUUUCCAUGGUUGACGAUGGUCCUCUCGGGCUUGGCUGGCUUCGUGUGAGUCACCGAGAACUUGUCAUCAACCGAAGCACCACGGAUAGGCCCUGGCACCCCCAUACGCGCCGUCUGCUUCUGCGUCCAGAUGAAGUUGUCCCAGUCGACAUUGAGAUCCUUCCAACCUCUACCCUAUUCCGGCCCGGCGAGACGUUGAGGGUCAAGAUUCAGGGUAAUGACUGUUUCCGACACUCCACGCCUGAUGUCGUGCAGUUCCAUGAGCGAACUGUUAACCAGGGAAAGCAUUACAUCUACACGGGUCCUUUCUACGAGUCGUAUCUAGUUCUUCCUAUUGUCGAGUAG